AUGGCGACUGUAAUACCUCCUCCGACGAAACGACAAAAGAAAACGCUUCAAGAAUCUCAGGAAGCAAAAAUAAUACCCGAUGACGUUCCUAAUGUUCUCAUACGGUUUAAGGCCGCUGACAGUGGAGAGAUGGUAGGAGGAUCCCUUAGAGUUCCGGGAGGUAUAACUGAGAAGCAACUUGAGGAAUUGUUAAACACCUUGAACAAAGAUUCUGACGAUCCAACACCAUAUUCUUUUGCGUUGCUCAAAGAGAGCACUCAAAGUAAUAAUCAGACAGAGCUCGUCGAUAUCGUAGAUGAUCUUUACCACUCGGUCUUAAAGCCUGGUCACAAGUCAGCGGAGGAUUUCAUGACAAUUGUCUUUACUCCUCAGACGGUAUUCAAAGUAAGGCCCAUUACUAGAUCUAACAAUGCUAUAGCCGGGCAUGGGUCUACCAUUUUGUGUUGCCAAUUUGCACCAAAUGAUUCCGGCAGAAUGUGCUCCGGUGCCGGUGAUUCUACAGCAAGAAUCUGGGACUGCAAUACACAAACUCCUUUUAAGAAGUUGCAGGGACAUUCAAGUUGGAUUCUAUGUGUGAGCUAUUCUCCUUGUGGGACAAUGAUUGCUACAGGAUCAAUGGACAAUUCAGUAAGACUUUGGGAUUCAGACACCGGUGAAGCUUUAGGAGGGCCCCUUUUGGGUCACUACAAGUGGAUCUCAAGUAUUGCGUGGGAACCUCUCCACCUUGUUGAUGAGGGUCAGAAGCCGAGGCUUGCCACAGGAUCCAAAGAUGGAACAGUAAAGGUCUGGGACUCUACCAGAAGAAUUUGUCUAUAUACCAUGAGUGGUCAUACAAAUGCAGUUUCUUGUGUUGCCUGGUCUGGAUCCAAUAUCAUCUACAGUGCAUCUCAUGAUAAGACAAUUAGAGCAUGGGACGUUGACGCUAUGGGCAAAUGCAUUCAAACACUUAAAAGCCACGCACAUUGGGUGAACCAUUUAUCCUUAUCCACAGACUAUGUUCUUCGUAAAGGAGGAUUCGAUCAUCAAUCCUCGAGGCAAACUCCGAAAACAGUUUCUGCUCAAGAAUUGCGAAAGAGGGCAAAAGAAGCGUAUGAGAAGGUUGAAAAAGUGGGAGGAUCGAUUAGUGAGCGCUUAGUGACAGCAAGCGAUGAUUUCACCAUGUACUUUUGGGAACCAUUAAAGUCUAGCAAACCCGUGUGCAGAAUGACAGGGCAUCAGAAGCUUGUUAAUCAUGUCGCUUUUUCACCGGAUGGCAGAUAUAUAGUAUCCUCAUCAUUCGAUAAUUCCAUCAAGCUUUGGGAUGGAUUAACAGGAAAAUUCUUGGGUACGUUUAGAGGCCACGUUGCUGCCGUUUACCAAACUGCAUGGUCAGCGGAUAACAGACUUUUAGUCAGUUGUUCAAAAGACACAACUUUGAAAGUCUGGGACGUAAAAUCAAGGAAACUCGUGACUGAUCUUCCUGGACAUUCGGAUGAGGUGUAUUCUGUCGAUUGGAGUUUAGAUGGCAAAAAGGUGGCUUCCGGUGGAAAGGACAAGAUGAUCAGGUUGUGGUCAAGCUAA